AGGAGGAGGAAGAAGAGAAAAGGAGGCAGGAGGAGGAGGAGGAGAAAAGGAGGCAGGAGGAGGAGGAGAAAGAGAAGAAGAGGAAGAAGCAGGAGGAGAUCUCGCUGGAGGAGGUCAUCUUACUGGUGGACAGCGAGGAAGAGGGGGGAGAGAAAGCCCCAGCCGCCGGGCGCGGUCGUGGUCGCGGUCGCGGAAGAGGGCGAGGACGCGGUGCCGGCGGGCGCGCACGGGUCGAGCCUGUGGCUGCUCCGGCUACGAGGAGAAGGGCUGCGGCAAGUGAGACCGCGACGGAGGAUGCACCUGCGGAGCCUGUGGCGGCUCCGGCUACGAGGAAAAGGGCUGCGGCAAGCAAGACCGAGACAGAGGAUACCGCUGCGGAGGCCGUGCCGGCCCGUGCCACCCGCGCUCGGAGCCAGACGACGGCGGCGCCCGUCGCCGAGGAAGAGGCGCCCAAGACAAGACGGGCGUCGAGGCGGACCGCGGCGACCAACACUGGUCCGCAGCAGGAAGAAGAAGGAAAGGGGGCACAAGCUGUCGCCUCUGAUAUGGAAACUGCGGAAAUGGAAGAAGAUGCCACGAAUACUCAGAACGAGGAGCGCAACGAGGUUGAGGAACAGAGCCAUGACGACGAAGGGGUAGUCGUCGCGGAUACACCAGCACAGGUGGAGAAGGAGGAGGACGGUAGGCAAGAAUCUCCUGCCGUUGGCGUCGGGCGGCGAGGUGCCAGACGACGCGCACGGCCCGAGCCUGUGGCGUCUCCGGCCACGAGGAAAAAGGCUGCAACAAGGAAGACCGUGACAUGGGUUGACGCUCCGGCAGCCGAGGCCGUGCCGGCUCGGGCCACUCGUCGCGCUCAGAGCCAGAGCACGGUGGCUGAGGAGGCGCCCAAGGGAAGACGGGCGUCUAGGAAGACUGCUGCGCAGCAGGAAGAGGAAGGCCAGCAAGCCGUUGCCUCUGAUGCGAAAGCUGCUGAGCCUGCGCCGGUUUCCUCCGACGAAGCAGCUGGUGAUGUUGCAGAAAUGGAGGAAGAAGCCAAGAAUCCGCAGGACCAGGUUGAGGAAGAAGAACCACCGGUGGAGAAGGAGGAGGAUGUUGGGCAAGACCAGAACGAAGAGAAAUCGCCUGCCGUUGCCGUGGGGCGGCGUGGCGCCCACGGGCGCCCACGGGCCGAGCCUGUGGCGGCUCCGGCUACGAGGAGAAGGGCCGCAACAAGCAAGACCGUGACAGAGGAGGCGCCCGCGGAGGCCGUGCCGGCUCGGACCACUCGUCGCGCUCGUAGCCAGGCCACGGUGGUUCCCGUGGCCGAGGAAGCCGUGCCCAAGACAAGACGGACGUCGAGGAGGGCUCCCACGAGGAACACUGGUGGGCAGCAAGGCGAGGAAGAAGAGCAAUGCCAGCAAGCAGCUGUUGUCGAAACUGUUGCGCCUGCGCCGGUUUCCUCUGACGAGGGAGCUGACGAUGCUGCAGCAAUGGGAGCGGCCAUGGAUCCUCAGACUGAACAGCCAAACGAGCUAGUUGAGGAGCGGAACAAGCAGGAGGAACUUGCGACAGGUGAUGAUGUGGAAACUGAUGUACCUGCUGUGCCCACUGAAGAAAUGGAAAAGGAGGCCAUGGAUCUUCAGAACGAAGAGCAAAACAAGCUGGUUGAGGACCAGUGUCAGGAAGAUGCAGGUGGUGUGGCUGAUAUGGAAACAGCACCCGUUUCCUCUGACAAGGAAGAUGAUGAUACUGAAGAGAUAGAAGAAGAGGCCGUGGAUCCUGAGAACGGUGAGCAAAAGGAGCCACUAGUUGAGGAACAGAGCCAGGAAGAGGAACGUGAGACAGCGCCUGAUAUGGAAACUGCUGUACCUGCACCGGCUUCCUCAGACGAGGCCAUGCAUCAUCAGAACGAAGAGCAGAAGGAGCUACUGGUUGAGGAGCAGAGCCAGGAAGAUGCAGGUGAUGUGCCUGCUAUGGAAACUGCACCGGUUUCCCCUGCCGAGGAAGAUGGUGAUGCUGAAGAAAUAGAAGAAGAAGAUGUGGAAACUGCACCGGUUUCUUCUGUAGAGGAAAAUGAUGAUACUGAAGAAAUAGAAGAAGAGCAGAGCCAGGAAGACGAAGGUGUGGUGGAAACUGCUGUGCACACACCGAUUAUUUCUUCAGAAGAGGGAGGCAGCGGUACUGAAGAAAUAGAAGAAGAGGCCAUGGACCUUCAAAGCGAGGAGCAAAACAAGCUUGUUGAGGAACAGAACCAGGAAGACGAAGGUUGCGUCCCUGACAUGGAAACUGCUGCGCAUGCGGUUUCCUCAGACGAGGGAAGUGAUGAUGGUACUGAAGAAAUGGAAGAAGAGGCCAUGGGUCCUCAGAACGAGGUGCAAAACGAGCUAGUUGAGGAACAAGCUAAGGCAGAAGAAGGGUUGUUUCAUCAGGGUUGUUUCACGGGUGUACAAGCCAGUCCUGAACUAGUGGAAGAAGCAGCAGCACCAGUGGCAGAAGAUUGCGGCACGGUUGUUUCAUCAGUGGAAGAGCAGCAGGACGAUGUCAGUCCUGAACUAGUGGAAGAAGCAGCAGCACCAGUGGCAGAAGAUUGCGGCACGGUUGUUUCAUCAGUGGAAGAGCAGCAGGACGAUGUCCAGCAGUGUGAGCAGUCUCCAGUGAAUGUUGUUAACGAGGAAGGCCAUUUUCCGGCUGAAACUGUCUCCAGCGAGGGGCCACUGGACAUGGAGAUUCAUCAUGGCGGUGAGGCCGAGGAUCAUCAGUUCACUGAAGAGACUGAAAUGGUGCCCGUGGAAGCACCGGAAUCCGGUGAGGCCACUGAGGAAGCUGAGGAGCAUCAGUCCAGUGAAGAGACUGAAAUGAUGGUGCCCGUGGAAGAGACCACUGAGGAAGCUGAGGAGAUUCAGCAGUCCAGUGAAGAGACUGAAAUGGUGCCCGUUGAGGAAGCUGUGGAGGUUCAUCAGUCCAGUGAAGAGACGGAAAUGGUGCCCGUCGCCGAGUCGGCGGCUCAAGCCGCUGACGAAGCUGAGGAGAUUCAUCAGUCGAGUGAAGAGACCGAAAUGGUGCCCGUGGACUCACCGGUGCCGCAGGAGGCUGCUGUGGAGGACCUGGAGGUUGGUUUCACCUGCCAUGCAGACACCGCCAUUGAGAAGGAGAAUGAAGUGCCUCAGAGUGCAGCCAAAGCCAAUGAGGAGAAGGAAGACCUGGCUGUUGAAGAGGAGGAGAAUGAAGUGCUGUUUGGUGCUCUUUUCCAGAGUGCAGCCAAAACCAGUGAGUACAAGGAUGUUGAAGAGUUGCAGCACGACAUGGAUGAGGCUACUGCAGAGGUCCUUGGUGCUCUGUUCCAGAGCGCAGCCAAAGCCAAUCAGAACAAGGGAGAUGUGGCUGUUGAAGAGGACAAUGAUGUGUCAAUCCUUGCUGCUCUGUUCCAGAGCGCAGCCAAAACAAAUGAGAGCAAGGAACAGCAACUGGUUGUUGAUGAGGUGCACUAUAACAUGGAUGAGUGUGCUGCAGAGGAGGAGAAUGAGGAAGAUAUGGCUGUCUUUGGUGCCCUGUUUCAGAGCGCAGCCAAGUCCAGUGAGAACAAGGAACAUCUGGUUGUUGAUGAGUCUGUUGAGGAGAAUGAGGUGCCAUUCUUAGGUGCUCUGUUUCAGAGCGCAGCCAAGUGCAACGAGAACAAGGAUCAUCAUCUGGUUGUUGGUGAGGCGCAGCAUUACAUGGAUGAUGCUGUUGAAGAGGAGGACAAUGAAGUAGAAGCAACCUUUGGUGCUCUCCUUGAGAGCGCAGCCGAAGCCAAUGAGGAGGAGGAAGAUAUGGCUGUUGAUGAGUUGCAGCAUAACAAGUCUGUGGAAGAGGAGGAGAACGAUGAAGACCGAACCACCUUGGCUGCUUGGCUGCUGCUUCACAGAGCAGCCAAGGCCCAUGAAAUCAAGGGAGAAGGUCUGAUUGUUGAUGACACAGAAGAGCCUGUUGAAGAGGAGCCAAAGAUGGAGAGUGGCAUCACCGGUGAGCUGACAAAUGUGCCCGUCGAGGAGGACGACGGCGGCGUGGUGGCCGCCGACGACAUGCCACUCAGCUCAGCCACAAUGUUUGAGGGCGCUGUACAAGUGGUCACCGUCGAGAACCUGUCGCAAGCCACUGUAACUGUCGCAGAUGUGUCCGUUGAAGAGGAUAGAGUGGCGGCCACCAUGGACGAGAAGGUGGAGGAGGUGCUCCUGUCGCAGGCCACGGUGAGUGAUGACGAGUGGGCAGCCAGGGAGUGUGCUUUUUCCACCGGUAACCUCACACCGGUGGUCGACACUGCCAAGGAAGUGGUGACCAUCGACUACCUGUCGCAGGCCACCACAGUGACAGACGACGAAUGGACAGUCAAGGAGAGUGCGGCAUUCGCCGGUGACCGCUCGCCGGUGUUCGACGCUGCCGGAGACUGCAGCGGCCAGGUCAUUUCCCCGCUGUUCGCAGGCCUGUUCGAGGAUGCCACCAAGUUCCUGUCCAUGGACUCAGUCACCGUGGAGGCAACAACGGUGCCUGAAGCUGCCGCUGAGAAGAACGUUACUGAGCCCGUGGCAAUGGAAAAAGAGAAGGAAAUGAAGGAGGAAGGCAAUGAAUCUGAAGCAUUGGGCAGCCUGAGCCUGAGGAAGCUUAGGGUCCAGCUCAAGGAGAAGGCUGCAGUGGCACAAGACCUGGAGAAGAAGCCAGUGGAUCAAUUUUCCAUCCACCCAAUAUUUGAAGUGAAGGAAGGGAAGAAGCCACUGGACACGCUUAGCCUGAGGAGGCUCAGGCUGAAGCUCAAGGAGAAGCUCAAUGCUCAGAAGAACAGAGAGCCAACAACUAGGGCGCCCCUCGGCAGGCUGGACGAGAACUCGGCGUCCAAGUCGCAGAAGAGGGAGCACAACAGGGUGCCCCUCGGCAGGCUGGACCAGAAUUCGGCGUCGAAAACGCAGAACAGAGAGCGGAGCAGGGUGCGCCUUGGCAGGCUCGACGAGAACGCGUGCUGAUGAUUUGGUUGAAUGAACUCCAGCACUUCGUGUCGGAAGAUUUGGUUGAGAAACCAUGGUUUCUCCAACCCCCUUGAUCCUAACUUAUCUGCGUUCGCCGGCAGAGCGUGAGAAGAUUUGGCUGUAUUUUUUAGUCGACUCUUGUCGUGUUCUGAACUUGUAUCAGAGUGAUUGUUUUAGCUUACUUCUAAGUGGUGACAGUUACAUAUAUCAGAGUGUUUGUUGCUUGUCUGA